AUGCCCCAACCUGAUUGCCUCGACCAAUCACCUGCCAGUCAGCGCCACUCGGAGAUUCGUGUCACUCAGACGCGUCAGAAUUAUGCUCCAGUAGCCAUUACUAUCAACGUCGCCACCACCUUCACUAUUAUGUCUAUGCAUACUGGUGAAACGGGUCCAGGAUUCUUUCGGUUUUUCCUGCUUCUCCUCUACCCUCUUAUCUCCCUUACAGUUGUUUCCGCGAACUUUAAUCUCUCCAAUGAUCAUUCAAGUGGUCUCGCAGCACUAUACUACCAGAGGAGACCACAUUCUGGACCUAUUUUAACAUCCGCCUCCUCUUCCUCACCCACCUCCUCGUCUUCUUCCACGCUAAUGUCAAAAUCAGGUCAUCUGACUAAAAAGGAGCCCCCUACAUCCUCCCGGACAUCAGAUUUAGAUGUGGAUUCGUCUCCAUCACGAUCGAUGCGAGUUAUGGGACAACCCAUUAAUCCUAACAUCGUCAGUCAUCUGCAUCCUGACGUAUCUCCUCGCAAAAUUCACAGACUAUGGCGUCUUCUAGGUGGAAAGGAGGAUAAAUAUUGGACAUCCGAGGAACCACCUCGCGUACUGCGUCAACGGGGAGUUUCUGGAAUGCUCUCAGAUACUGGAACCCAUCCUCCGGGUGCAAACUCCGUUGAUGGUAAUCUUAUUCGCAAAGCCAAUGCAUUAAACAUGACCUUUCGAGAUCAGACGGGGGCACAGUUUUUGCUUCCAGAGACCCAGAUCCAGAUAUUUCGCAAUUGGUUGAUUGAACAAGCCACUUGCGAAAUGGACUUUAUCUGGAAGGACCUGGGAUCACUCUACUGGCCUCGAUGGAUUCGCAUGGGCGUUUGUCUAGCUCGUCUUGGUUCUUCGUGCUCCUGGCCACCAGGAAUGAAAUGCCAACCUUCGGGGUCUCGAGUUCUACGCCUUUUGAAUUGGAAUUGUGAAGAUGCAGCUCAAGCUGAGUCAGCGGAUGGAUCUAUGUUGAGCAGGAAAACUCGGUCUCUCCAUCAGCCGACAAUAAAUUUACGAUACCACCUUCAAGAACCUGGAUCCAGACGCCGGAUGCGACAGACAUAUGCCCAACAAACAUCUCCAAUGUGGAGGUACUAUCGUAUGGGCAGAAGAAAGGGACGUCGCGACGCUUCCAUGCCCAUGGAUCCGGCACAACAGGAGGAACAACGGGCCCGAAGAGCAAGACGGUUGAUCGAGAAGCUAAGUGUCACGGCCAGCGGUUAUCGAUGCUCUUGGCAAGUUCAAAAGUACCUAAUCAGUGACAAGUGUACCUGUUCCUGUGCAUAG